AUUCUCUCUGAUAGGCUAACAUUGUGAUUAAAAACUCAGUGUGAUAAAAACCCGAAACAAAGAAGUUGGAAAUCCUAUCCUUUGGCCAUUCCUAAUAACUAACGACUAUCCACGCAAUGAAAACCAAAGCUGAUGCUGAUUCAUUCUGGACUUGGAAUUCCGACAACAACAAAGAACAACAACAAUUCUCAGUAACCAAAUUCCUCGGAAACAAACCCAAUAAACCUCAAGCAUCAGUGUUGGGUCCUGGCUUCGGAGCUGGCUUCGGAUGCGGUGCGGGUAUAGGCUUAGGUUUGGUCGGUGGGUUAGGAUAUGGAGGGUCGCCUUUCAACCAUCUCAACCUCGUUUUUGGUCUUGGAAUGGGUUGUGGGUUGGGUUUUGGAUACGGAUUUGGUCAAGGAAUUGGUUACACUUUUGAUUACCAGAACCGGUGGUAGUGUAGUGCAUUUCAGUCAAUUUUACACUACUGCAAGAUAGCCGAUAUUUAUUUUAUCAGGAAAAGGGUAGCACACAAAAAUCUCAAUAAGUUGACCCAAAAAGUUUACAUCAAUGUGCAAAGUAAGAAUUGUAUUUUACUUGUUUCACUUAUAACUUAAUAGUAUUUUAUAGCUAACUUUUAAAUAUUUUGAUUCUAUAUGGUUUACCUUA